GAAGAAAAAAGUAAAAAUUACAAAAAUACCGUGAAACAUUUUUUUUUGUAAUAUAAAGAUAUCGAACAUACGAAAAGAACAGACCAACAAACAAACAAAAACACACCAAUUCCUUCAUUCAUCUUCUCCAUUUCGUAAUUCGUACACUUCACUCUCAAGUCUCUCUAAGCCACAAACCACUGAAGAAGAAUCCAUCUAAGAGCUGUUAAAAAUUGAUGAAGCUUCGAAUAUGAAGAAAUUGAAAAGCUAUUACAUGCAAGUUCGUAACCAGCAACAAUCUCUUGACCGAAAAUGGAUUCUUCCAUUAGCAAUCGGAUCCAUUUGUUCUCUCUUUCUCUUGUUGCUAACGAACUUAGCUUCUUCUUCUGGUCAAACUCGUUUGAUUCCAUUUUCAGUUUACGGAUUUAGAUCCUCCGUCUUCGUCGAAUCCAAGAUAAAUCCAGUAUCCGUCUCACUCACCGUCUCCGUCUCUCCUCCUCCGCCGCCACGUCUCGCUUAUCUAAUCUCCGGCUCCUCUGGUGACGGUCAGAUGCUGAAACGAACUCUAAUGGCGCUUUAUCAUCCCAACAACCAGUACGUUGUUCAUCUCGAUCGGGAAUCUUCACCGGAGGAACGAUUGGAUCUCAGUGGUUUUGUGGCGAAUCAUACUCUGUUUCAGAGAUUUCAAAAUGUUCGGAUGAUUGUUAAGGCUAAUUUCGUUACGUAUCGUGGUCCAACUAUGGUGGCUAAUACACUUCACGCUGCAGCGAUUUUGCUUCGUGAAGGUGGUGAUUGGGAUUGGUUCAUCAAUCUCAGUGCCUCUGAUUAUCCUCUCGUAACACAAGAUGAUCUGUUGCAUACGUUUUCGUAUCUUCCUCGAGAUCUCAAUUUCAUCGAUCAUACAAGCAACAUUGGCUGGAAAGAGUCUCAUAGAGCAAAGCCUAUAAUUAUUGAUCCUGGUUUGUAUAUGUCAAAGAAAGCUGAUGUUUUCUGGGUUUCACAGAAGAGAAGUAUGCCUACAGCUUUCAAACUCUUCACAGGAUCUGCGUGGAUGAUGUUAUCUAGACCUUUUGUGGAUUAUUUCAUAUGGGGAUGGGAUAAUCUUCCUCGAAUUGUGUUAAUGUAUUACGCAAACUUCCUUUCAUCGCCAGAAGGUUACUUCCACACUGUGAUUUGCAAUGCUCGAGAGUUUACCAACACAACGGUUAACAGUGACUUACAUUUCAUCUCAUGGGACAAUCCUCCAAAGCAACAUCCUCACCAUCUUACAUUAGAUGAUUUCCAGAGAAUGGUGGACAGUAACGCUCCUUUUGCUAGGAAAUUCCGUAGAGAUGAGCCUGUUCUCGAUAAGAUUGAUUCGGAACUAUUGUUUCGGAGUCACGGGAUGGUCACUCCGGGUGGUUGGUGUAUUGGUACGAGGGAAAACGGGAGCGAUCCGUGUGCGGUGAUUGGUGAUACGUCGGUUAUUAAACCUGGUCUUGGAGCUAAACGGAUCGAGAAACUCAUAACUUAUUUGUUAUCUACUGAGAAUUUCAGACCACGGCAAUGCCGGUAAUGGCAAAUUAGAGUUUUGUCAUAGAGAUGGUUACGUGGUUUUUCACACAAAUGAACUGUAUUGAUUAUCCGAUACUUUGAUAUGGUUGUAUAGAGAUCUUUUUGGACUUUCUUCAUUUGAGAAAGUGCAGAAAUUUCGGGAAAGAUCAUUGAUUAUUGGAAUUUGUCUUCUAUUGCCGACCUAAAGUUUGGCCUUUUCCAACUUGAUACCAAUUUUAUAGGUUUGUCACAUAUUAGUCAUGUCCUUUUUAUUGUUUGCAUGAUGAAGUUACCUGACUAUUGUGACUAAC